UUUCUCAUUCUUAACGCGCUAAUACUUAAGAACUGCAAAAUCUGCUUGGCUGCAUUGGUAAUUCAGGACGUUCUUGUGUUCCUUUUUGGAAAGCUACGUAGACAGGAUGCGUACACAGAACUCGGUCAUGGAAUGCCCGCGGAGUAUGGUAGGACGAGUCAUAGGGAAGAACGGGGAGACUGUCAAGGCGUUGCAAACGUACACAGGCGCCACCAUACAAAUAGAUCAGAGCGUCGACCCAACGCGGGUAUCGAUUUCAGGUGCCGCGUACUCUGUAAAUUUGGCUGUGAGCAUCGUAACUGAUAUUAUUCGUGGGAGCUUCAAAGGAUUCGCUCUGCUUCGUCAAGCAACUCGACCUGCAAACGGCCGUAAUGGGUACCCUGCCUUUACGGAGCCGAGGCCUGUUUACGCACCAGGGUACGGGCUCAUCCCAGCCUCGCAACUGUACGACGACCGCGCAACUCCGGCCCCGCCCAUGGGGACGCCGUACGGGCUGCGGGCUGCUGACUCCUUGCAGCAUGUGUACCCGCUCAUGGCCUCGGGGCUGCCCGCGCAGAGCGUGCUGGCUCUGCAGCAGGACGCGGCCGCCAUGUCGCAGCCCGGCGGCAUGUCGCUAGUGAGCGCGCAGCUGCAGCAGCUGGGCAUGCAGGGGGGGGACCUGGGGUCGCUGGCGGCAGGCGGCGCCAUGCAGUACGGCGAGGCAGCCUACAUGCCAGUCACGCUGCCCAUGACCGCCGGCACCGGCCCCUCGGGCCCCUCCGCCGCCUCCUCUCUGCAGCAGCUGACGGCCGCCUCGGAGGAGUUCGCCAUGACCGCCUCGCACCGCCUCAUCCAGGCGGCGGGGGGCGGGCGGGGGGCGGUGCGGCCCAAGGGGUGGCUGGGGUAAGGAGCGGGGCUGCAGCAGCCUGCGGCAGCUGAGGCGGCACCCCCCGCCGCGGCGGCAGCCAGAGCAGCGGUGGAGGCGGCAGUAGGGGCGGCAGUGCGUGAUCGGAGGCGCCUCUGCUGCGGGUGGGGUGGGCUGCGCUCGGCGGUGCCUGGGAGCCGGCAAAUGACAGCGGCUACCCUCGUGGCGGCUUGAACUCUUGGGGUGCUCUUACUGGGAGUGCCUGCGGAGUGCCUGCAUGCCGGCACUACACGCCUAACACUUUUAUUUGGGUUGGGUCGUCCAUACGUUUGCUGCUUUGGGUUGAGGUCACGAAGAGGAAAGAGGCCGAAACGAACGAAGGACGCGCCCGUCCCGCCUCUUCCCGCACGUCAUGUGCCCGGGGUUGCGUCAGUGGGGGCGUGUUAGCUGCUUCACGUGACUGGGAGGUCAGUCCCCAGAGAGGGGGGGGCGGGAGGGAUGAGGCAGCAUCGCUGCAUGCAAUGAUUGGGGAUAUCACUGGGGGGUAACGAAAGGCCCACUGGGUGCACGGCACUGCUCACAGGAACUGCCUGCAAGCACAUGUGUUCCCUGUCCUCUCUUUUAAGAGCUUGAAGAAAGUGCAUUUCGUGUUGUGUGACGUCGCCGGUUUCACUGGUGCUGUGCUAGAUGCGCAAGGGGGGUGGGAGCUAGGAUGUUGGGGACGUCUGGCGCUGUGUGUGUGUGUUAAGAAAACUAGCCGUUCCAGUCUAGCCUAGGUGCAUGUGUCCAAGUGUGGGAAUAUAUCUCGGGUGGUUGUCUUCGUGUAAGGUAUCAAAACUUGGCGUAGGUGUGGAACUAGCUACGUCGGUGUGUGUAGGUUGGUUUGUCAAUUGUGUCGAGCAAUCUGAAGCACACUCCAUAAAUGCUCAAGUUUAAUAUAAAUUUCUGCGGUGUUUGUCCUGUGUUUGUGUCGAGCGGCGCUGCUAGCUGGGGCCGUCAUCUCACGCUGUUACAUGAUGUGAUGCGGGGACGUGGCUUGAGUCGGCUGCUGCUGCUGCCGUCCAAGGGAUGCUGAAGGCUGCUCUGCGUUAUGGUGCUGCAAUAAACUGCGUGUUGCCAGUUUGGGUACCCUCGCCUGUUUAGGUGCCCUCGCCUUGCCGGCGUCUCGGAGGAGUAGGGCGAUGAGGCCGCCCCCCCUCCCGGGAGAAGGAAGUGUUUGGCGGGGUGUAUGACUUAGGUGGGCACAUGAGGGCUUUGCAAGGCGGGGACAUCUGAGCGUGAAGUCACGCGGAUGUACCCGAGGUGGGGAGGGCGUGAGUUGAUGUCAAGCUUUUAGCGUGACUCGGUUUGCUGAGUUGGGGCGGGCGGAGUGAAGUGAUGUGUCGUCGGAUAUGCGCUCCGCUGGCCUCUCGUUUUCGCUACUAUGUGUGCACAUGCACUUUGGAACAUGCGCGGCCAUGUCUCGCUAUCACAUCCACGAGUCGAAAAAGACGGUAGGGGGCUCGAGGCCCCAACCACAAGAAUAUGUGCGCGUUUCUUUGUCCGCGUGUGUGUCGUUUGAUAGUGUUUUUGCACCACCACUUGCUUGAUAACAACACACAAAAAUUAUACCAAUGCCAUGCUCCAACGGCCGAAUGGGUUUUUGCAGGGUUUUAGGGUUUGUGAGUGCUGUGUGGGCGCUGUAGGUCUGUCACACGUUCGGGGUGUGGGCGCGUUUGGCUCCCAGCGGUCAGAUGUCGGCCCCCCGAUAACUCUUCUCAUCUCUCCUUUUGAACUGCGGGCGCUGCCUCCGAGCUCUCAGGUCCUGCCGGGGGCACUCAUGAUAUCACACAUGCGCACUGCGGCUGAGCGGGCGCUUCGAUAUACCACAUGCACACGUUUUUGGUUAGGUUGAUGAUGGGGAUGAUGUUUGUGUCCGUGUCCCUGUGAAUGCGCGGUGUUGCCUCCUCUCAUUAGCGAGAAGAGAGAGCAACCACUUCAAUGACCUCCCGCGAAAGAGAAUGUGCACUGGACAGCGCUGCGCGGUGCCCGUGACGACGUGUGUCGUCGCGCAAGUGUUGCAACAUCAACAACAACGAGGCCCGCUUGUGCUGCUGCCGCUCCCUCACAUACCAAGUUGAAACUCAGGCUGAGCGGCGGCUGCGGCUGCGCGACUGUGAUGAGACGAGCUGCGAACUGUGAACGGCGUUUCUACGCUCAUGUUGCGAGGGGAUUUUGCGUUCCCAUGUGUGUUGUUAUUAGGAGGCCGCUGCAUUUCGCUCUCCCUCCCUCUGCGGUCCUGGCUGGUGAGGGGCCGCGGCCUGCUGAGCCUUCCCGCCUUCCGCGUUGCUGGGGACGUGCUAGAUGGGAAGCCGUCUAUGAGGUUUGAUCGUAUGAGACAUAUAUACGGUAUAGGUUAUACGAGGCUGUAUGUGGCAGUGUGUGGCAUCAUCAGGGGUUUUGUGCAUGUCCUAUUAAAACGAGAUGGCAGCAUAUGAUGGCAGCAUAUGAUGGCAUCAUGUGAUGGCAGAAAGGAAGGUGGCAAUGUGUAUAUGGUGGCGGUGCUGGGAGGGGGGUGCUGAUGGCUGGUGCGCGUCGAAAGCUAUAUUUGUAGUAGCCCUCUUUCGACACAAGGUUCCUCUCGAUGUUUAACAAGGGGCUAACGGUGUUUUCUUAACUUGCUGCUUGAUGCAAAAUGCGCUCGAUCCUGGUCGCUGUAGCAUGUGGUUCCGGUUCCUGCAGGUUGCUGCAGGCGCGCGGUUGCUGGCAUUGUGAGGCGAGGGGGGGGGCAGUGAUUGACAGCACCGUACACGGGGCCGCCGGGGGUUGUUAUUACCCUGUGGCUGGCCGGGGAGCAGACGUGAACACCAACUUGCAAGGUAAAAGUCAACAACUCUCCUCCCAUUCACAACACCCCGUGCACGGCC